AUGAAUCGUUGUUCUAAGAAAGUGAAAAGAUCAUCGGGAAGGAAGAAAAGUAGAUGGAGUGCUGCCAGAUCACGAAAAUCCGUAUCACGAUCACUCCGAAUAUUUCAAAAUCAGAAACCUACUUCGUUCAACGUCUUCCAAUUGUUGGUGCCGAAGGAGAAAAUAGAAAUUGUGGUAGAUGAUACAUCGACGGAAAUGAGCAGUAAAACAAACCGGGAGGCGCAAUUGUUCAGUGUUCAAAAAUGGAAUGUUGGAGAUGAAACAGAAAAGAGGGAUGCUGCAGAUUUAGAUGUUAUUUUAUUAGCAGAUGAAGAAAGUUCAGUUAGCAUACAAAAGAAUUUAAGCGAUGAUAAACCCGAGAUAGUGUUACUUGAUGGUGGCUCGCCAAGUGAAUUAAAUGUUUCGGACGAAAUCAUUUGCUUGGGAGAUUUGAAUUUGGUCGGUGAAGCAGGGCCUUCUUCCACUAUGCCACAGCAGAAAGUAAUGACGAAGCAACAGAGUGAAACAAGGAUUCCUACGAUUUGCGAUGUUCACCAAGGCAAAAAGUCCCAUUUUUACUCCACUGAUCUCCGGGACUUCUCUUGGGUUCACAGUCUGAUGCCUUCAACUUCGUCGCUGCACGCUACAAACAUGCCGGAAUUUGUGGAUUUGCUGACUCAGGGUACUUUAUCAAUUUGUAAAAAAUGGUUGAGAAGAUGGGAUGUUAUACAGAAUGGAGUGGUCGAUGGUAAUCCGUUGAGGAUAUGUAGCUACAAUGUUCUUUGUCAACAAACUGCUUGUAAAACUCCUGAACUAUAUAUACAUCUUACGAAAUCAGGACGUGCUUACGAAUUAACUUGGGAAAAUCGGUGGAGGUUGUUUUCACGUGAAUUCGCAAUGAUCGCUGCUGAUAUUUUUUGUCUUCAAGAAGUGCAAUACGAUCAUUUUGAGUACUUCUUUAAACCAUAUUUCGAAGCUGCUGGUUUUCUUGGUAAGUACAAGAAGCGAACGCAUAGUUUGAUGGAUGGCUGUGCGAUAUUUUAUAAAUCUCAUUUCCAACUGCUUCAUUAUCGAGAUAUUGAGUAUUAUGUGAAUAGUGAUUCAGUAUUGGACAGGGAUAAUGUCGGUCAGUUGGUUCGUUUGAAAGAUAUGCGAAGUGGACGGGAAUUUUGCACUGCUAAUACACAUUUAUUAUUUAAUAAACGACGUGGUGAUGUAAAACUUGCACAACUUGCUGUCUUACUUGCAAAUAUCGACCAGGAAUGUGGUCCGGAAUCUGGUAAAGAAUGUCCGUAUAUUUUAUGUGGUGAUUUUAAUAUUCAACCAUAUAGUCCGUUAUAUAAUUUUAUCAUGAGUGGUGAAAUUUGUUUCUCUAAUCUACGACGAGGUGAUAUUUCGGGUCAAGGUAAUUCUGGUGGACCGUUUGUUUCAGUAAAUUUAUUGCCUGAAGAUGUACGAAUCGCUCGGAAUUGUCGAUUCAAAUAUCUGAAAAAUCGUACAAUGCUAUUUCCUUCAUUAAAUUGCUGGAGUCAUCCGCUCUCUUUCAACAGUGUUUAUCAUCAUGUAAAUGCAGAGAGUGGGCCAGUGGUUUCGACAUAUCACAGUGUUGAAGCUGUCAAUCCAGACUUUAUAUUUUAUUCUGUCAAGUCAAAAGGAAUUAAGCAAUCGUUCCUGAAUUCGAGUUCAGCAAUGAGUGUUUCUGAAAUGGAAAUACGAUUAAUUCGACGUCUCAGUUUGCCAAAUAUAAAUCAGUUAGUUGGAACUUUAGGACCUUGGCCUAACUCAACGACUCCGUCCGAUCACAUACCUCUUAUUGCUGAUUUUGUUUUGCAGUAAUAGUUUAUGCUUUUAUUUACAUGCAAAGAAAUUAUUGCUAGGUAUGCUUUGCUUAUGGAGAACACAGAACUUUGGGGAAUAGAAAAUUCAGUAGUGCUAAAUAUGACUGGUCAGUGACGCUAUCCCAAGAUGUUCGCAUUUUUCUUUUUUAUAUUUGGG